AGCAGCGACGCGUCGAGGAAGAUCAUCUGAAGCGCCGUUUUCCUCACAAACAGCCACUCGAAAGGUAAAAGUCAUGGUGGGGCUGCAGAAGCUUCCCAUCUCAGCGGCUUUCUGCUUUCUUCUUCUUUGCACUCUGUUCCCCAGCUCCGAGGCCCGACGUGGGCGUGGAGGCGGUGGGUUUGGUGGGUUUGGUCGUGGAGGGGGUGGUGGAUACAGCCGGGGAUGGGGUGGUCAGUCCUACAGGCCUGCUCCUGUCCAGAGAAGUGGCCCCAGUGCAGGGAAGGUGGCUGGGGCAGCUGCUGCAGGAGCAAUAGGAGGAGCGAUGAUAGGGUCUGCUCUGAGCCGACCAGGGUACGGGUAUGGGUAUGGAGGUUAUGGGGCAUAUGGGCCAGGGUAUGGUCCACCACGGUACGGAGGUGGCUAUGGCCCCAGGCCUGGCUAUGAGCCCGAGGGCUCCGGGGAUAUGGAGUACUACACUGGGGCCUCCAGUGGCCCCAUCUACAACAGUAUCGUGGUCGUCAUUGGGUUCCUAACGUCCCUGUUAUUGAGCCACUGGGUGGCAGUCGUGUAGAGCUGGAGGCAGAAAUGAGUUCCCAGAAAUUGACAGAACACUAAAAACAGCCACAGCUUGACAGUAAAGCUGAUUAUUUCAGCUCUACCAACAUUUAUCAAGCUCUGCAAGAGGAAACCUCAACACGAAGCUUCAUCCAUCAGAAGAAAAUCCACUUCAGGAUCUUAUUUGUUGCACAUAAUUUGAUUUUGUGAACCAUAUUUGCACUGCACACCACUCAUUUCUUCAAUAAUGCAGUCAUUGAUUUUAUAUUUUCAAUCAUGACAAUUUUACUGAUUUUAUUAGAUCUGGUACUUACAGUGAAAACAUUAUAUUAUUUUUUUUUAUGAUCAAACU